CCUGCCUGGCCGCGCCAGCAACUACCAGCAAACAAACGGCCGCCCUGGCGCCCUCCUCAGUCUCACUCACUCGCAAGCACCGCACGGCGGGCGAGACCCCCUUCGCGUCCCGAGUCAUCGGCGUUAUCAGUAGCCAGCCGUCCCCUCGCUUGCUUUGCCACGGAUCACCGAGUGACUCGGCCUUGACCGAAACGAAUUAUUGGCCGGCGCGAUGCUCCAGGGCGUCCUGUCGCGCGCGCCCGCCACCGACGCGGCGGCUGAGGCAGCGAUGAAGGCCAAGCGGGCGCCCGCGCCCGCCUCCCCCGAGGAGUAUGAGGGAGACGGGCGCGCGGCGCGGGGGAAGCGGCGGCAGCUGCAUGGCUCCGGCGCGGUGCAGGGGCUGGUGGCCGGAGCGGAGAGGGAGGGGGCGGAGACGCGGGGGCUGCGGCUGCUGACCCUACUUUUGCGGUGCGCGGAGGCGGUGGCCAUGGACCAGCUGACGGAGGCGCGGGAGCUGCUGCCCGAGAUCGCAGAGCUGGCGUCGCCGUUCGGCUCGUCGCCGGAGCGCGUGGCGGCCUACUUCGGGGACGCGCUGUGCGCGCGUGUGCUGAGCUCGUGCCUGGGCGCGUACUCACCGCUCGCGUUCCGCCCGCUGGCGGCGGCGCAGAGCCGCCGCGUCGCCGGGGCGUUCCAGGCGUACAACGCGCUGUCGCCGCUCGUCAAGUUCUCGCACUUCACGGCCAACCAGGCCAUCCUGCAGGCGCUCGACGGCGAGGACCGGCUCCACGUGAUCGACCUCGACAUCAUGCAGGGGCUGCAGUGGCCGGGGCUCUUCCACAUCCUCGCCUCCCGCCCCCGCAAGCCGCGCUCGCUCCGGAUCACCGGACUCGGCGCGUCGCUCGACGUCCUCGAGGCCACCGGUCGCCGCCUCGCCGACUUCGCGGCGUCGCUCGGCCUGCCCUUCGAGUUCCACCCCAUCGAGGGGAAGAUCGGGCACGUCGCCGAAGCCCUCCUCGGCCCGCGCCACCAACACCACCACCACGGGGACGAGGCCACCGUCGUGCACUGGAUGCACCACAGCCUCUACGACGUGACGGGAUCGGACGUCGGCACGUUGCGGCUGCUCAAGAGCCUGCGGCCGAAGCUGAUCACCAUCGUGGAGCAGGACCUCGGCCACAGCGGCGACUUCCUGGGCCGGUUCGUGGAGGCGCUGCACUACUACUCGGCGCUGUUCGACGCGCUGGGCGACGGGGCCGGCGCGGCCGUGGAGGAGGCCGCCGAGCGGCACGCGGUGGAGCGGCAUCUCUUGGGCGCGGAGAUACGGAACAUCGUGGCCGUAGGGGGUCCCAAGCGGACGGGGGAGGUGCGGGUAGAGCGGUGGAGAGACGAGCUGCGCCGCGCCGGGUUCCUGCCGGUGUCCCUGGCUGGGAGCCCCGCCACGCAGGCAAGGCUGCUGCUUGGCAUGUACCCGUGGAAGGGCUACACGCUGGUGGAGGACGACGCGUGCCUCAAGCUCGGCUGGAAGGACCUCUCCCUGCUCACCGCGUCGGCGUGGGAGCCCACGGACGACGACGACGACGUCGCUGCCGCGGCUCGCCACGAGAGCCACAAAUCGCGAUUGCAAGACAAUGAUUUGCAGCAGCUAGAUUGGUAGUUCAUGCCUGGUGCUAAUCUUGCAGCUCCUUUCCUGCCAUAUUCUCUUCUCGCUACCCUCCCUGUUAGUCGUCGUCUUGUGAGUAGUAACCUUGUCACGUAAUUAAAAUUUGUGACAUAAUCGUAUAGGCUUCGGCAUUCGUUCC